UGUCUACACAAACAAAGUCCAACUCACUCAGUCGCCGCCGCUCCGACCAGAGCCCAGCCGCCGGCCACCGCCUCCUCCCCUCCCCCCCAACAGAAUGGCGGCUCCCAGCCUCCACCUCCUCCUCCCGCGCCACCCCCAGGCCCUGCUCGCCCUGCCGCCGCCGCCGCCGCGGGCCUCGCCCUCCGUGCUAGCCUUGCCCCGCUUUCCCCUCCCCGCGCGGCGCCGGGGCCGGGCCGUCGCGGCGCUCGGGUGGGGAGGGGGCGGAGGGAUCGAGGACGUCGGCCAGCUAUUCAGCCGCGUCGAGGCGUUCCUCUACACCGUCGCCGACGCCGCGGUGGCGGCCGCCCCGGGGGUCGCGGCGGACGGCGGGGCCAAGGAGGCCGCCGCGGCCGGGGACUGGUUCGCCGGGAUCACCGGCUCCAUGGAGACCGUGCUCAAGGUUCUGAAAGAUGGUCUUUUGACUCUUCAUGUUCCUUAUCCAUAUGGUUUCGCGAUCAUCCUCCUGACGGUUCUGAUUAAGGGGGCCACUUUUCCUCUUACAAAGAAGCAGGUCGAAUCUGCACUUGCAAUGAGGUCACUUCAACCUCAAGUGAAGGCUAUUCAGGAACGACAUGCUGGGGAUCAGGAAAGGAUACAACUCGAAACUGCCCAUAUAUAUAAGUUGUCUGGCGUUGAUCCACUUGCAGGGUGCUUGCCUACUCUUGUAACAAUACCAGUCUGGAUUGGUCUAUACAAAGCUCUCUCCAAUGUAGCUAAUGAGGGACUUCUUACGGAAGGCUUUUUUUGGAUACCUUCUUUGGCUGGUCCAACAACAAUUGCUGCUCGAGAAAGUGGCCAAGGAAUAUCCUGGCUUUUUCCAUUUACGGACGGACAUCCACCACUUGGUUGGUCGGACACUAUGGCAUACCUUGUUCUACCAAUUCUUCUGGUUAUUUCGCAAUACUUAUCUGCUCAGAUAAUGCAAUCAUCACAGAGCAAUGAUCCUAGCCAGCAAGGUGCACAAGCUGCAGUGAAGUUCCUGCCUUUGCUAAUUGGUUAUUUUGCUCUUUCUGUUCCUUCUGGAUUGAGUCUAUAUUGGCUUACAAAUAAUGUCCUUAGCAGUGCACAACAAGUGUGGCUUCAAAAGCUUGGAGGUGCCAAAAAUCCUGUCCAAGAAUAUAUUGACAAGCUUGCUAGAGAGGAAUCAACUAAUGUUGGAAAGUAUGAACCUGCUGAUAAGAGUGAGGUUCUCCCAAAAGCUGGUAAACCCCAGCCUGGUCAAGUGCCAAAACCAAGCGAACCGCAGCGCGGUGGAAGGUUUAAGAAAUUAAUGGAAGAAGAGUCAAGGAGAAAACAACUUGUGGAACAAGCAAAGCAAACAGAAGAGGCAAGCGUAGACUCUUUUGCCAUUGAUGGGAAACAGGAUUUUGACAGCUCUGCUCCAGACACCAAAGAUGAGCAGGAGGAAUCCCAUGAAAAUGAACCGAUUUCAGCUAGUAGCAAUGGCGGACUUAGCCAUGAUACACACGAAGCAACCCCAAACAGAAACACGGAAGAGGGAACAAUUCAGGAAGCGACCGACGCCGACAGCCAUUCUUCAGUAAGCAAUGCUGCUUCCCCCUCCGACAAUAGAUUGAGAGGCCAAGAUGAGGGGAUGGUAAAGACGCAGAAUAGUGAACACGGACUGGCUGGUGAAUCUAACGAGUUCAUCGUCGUUGGUUGGUUCCAGCGUAUCCGCUGUGCUAUCCUCGACGUGCUCGUGCAAAACCGCCAUGCAGGCGGCCUAUUUUUUCACAGGAGGAUACCAUAAUACCAUGCGGCAAGAUUGAUCAAGAUACAAACUGUAUGCUUCUCUUGUCAGAACCGGAGAUUUAUGUAGAGUACGCGUAGCUUGUGUAGCUUGUAGGGCUGGAUCGCUCUCGAGUAGAGAACUGUUGAUCAUCCCUCCUUCUGAUGUAUUUUCGGCUGGGAAAUUGGGACGAAUGUGUCCUGUCUAAGGUUUGCUGUAAUCUAUAAAUGGACAUCUUCCUUGCCUGAAUGGGAAACUGGGACUAUGUAUCAGGCAUUCAGGCGCCACAUCUCUAUCUAGUGGCUGCACUUGAAUUUGAAAUAAUUUGUAAUACUCCCUUGGAAA